AUGAAAACUCUGGGUUUUAUAAGUGUCCUUAUUUUUUAUAUUUCUUAUACAGCUUCAAGGUCUUUAAAAUCAAAUGAUCAUAUUUUUAGCCAAAACUUUUUGCAGACAAAUGGGUAUAAUUCGUAUGGGACGAUUAUUUAUUCGGAAGAUGUAUUGGAAAACACUUUGGCUGAGGAUGAAAAUGAUAAAGAUGAAAGCGUUGAUUAUGAUGGGUUAACGCUGGAGGAGUUAGAAGAUACGGAUUUGCAAGAUUAUUAUGAGGAUUUGGACGAUUCAGAUGAAAUGUAUUAUACUGAGGAUCAAUCAGAAGAGGAAAGCGAUUCUGAAGACAGCUAUGAGGAUUAUUCUGAUGAUACAGAGAAUUCAACUGAAGAAGUUGAGGAAGAAGAAAGUCAGCAAGAGAAUGAAAGUGAAAGUAGCACAUAA